AAUUGGCUAGUCAUCAAACCGAUACACACGCAUUUUAGUCACAACAGUGUAUUCUUGUUGAAAAUAUGGGUGUUCUGGAGUCGUACGACAUCGGAUAGUGUUUAGUUACUACGUAGAAAUGUGAAAGUUGUCAACAAACAUCAUGGAUUAUCGUGGAUUUAUUACGUACACCUUGUGUGUGUUUCUCUUUGCACUUUCACUUUGUUUAUCGGAUGUUCUAGAGACUACAGUCGAGGACGAGGAUACCGAUGUCCCAGAUCAUUCAUUCCCAUCUUGGACCAUGGUGCACAACAAAAAUGUUACGUGUGGUACCAUCAAACCUGGCCUCAAGUUCCCUUCCCAAACCUGGACGUGUGCCGACGCUAGAGUGGACGGGUACCAUCUUGCCUACAGUCUCUACGCUGACAUCGGAGUGGACAGGAAGUGUGUUGAGACCAGGGGACUGGAUGAACUGGCAGAGGUCUGCUUGGCCAUGAUGCGAGAAAUGGAUGUUCACAAACCUCUCUGGGCCGCUCUUGUGACGAAUGCCACAUGUGGAUACCAUGAAGGAAAACGUGGAUACCUGAAGAAGGUUCGAGAAGGCUUUGAAUGGGUGGACAUGCAAUCUGGCCACGGGGCAAUGUAUACAUUUAGGUGUAUGGCUGAAAAAACGUAGAGUAGUGUUGGUCAAGGCUGGUCAGUCUUCACCAUAUCUCAUAUCACAAGACAGUUUAACUGACAAUAUUGACACCAGGUGUCGCCACUGGGCAAGUGAUGGGACCUUCGUAAAGACUUGUCUUGAGCUUGCCUGCCUGGACUGGACUGAAAGUAUAUAAUUAUUCAUUUAGAUAUAAUCAAAAGGCUGCAGACAUGGACUGUUCAGUUAUGAAGUGGUAUAUUUUUGUACAAUGGAAAAUGCUGUUUAAACACAUUUCUGCACCAAAAAGAAGGUGUGUCAUGUAUAAAUUAUAUACUGCUUUAAUUUUACAACUUGAAAAAUGUGAAUCUAUAUAACUUUGUUGAGAGGAUGGAAGGAGUUCCUUGGAAAUGUGAAUCUAUUACUGGAUUAUGAGGAUGGAACGAGUUCCUUGGAAAUGUGAAUCUACUACUGGAUUGUGAGGAUGGAACGAGUUCCUUGGAAAUGUGAAUCUACUACUGGAUUAUGAGGAUGGAACGAGUUCCUUGGAAAUGUGAAUCUAUUACUGGAUUAUGAGGAUGGAACGAGUUCCUUGGAAAUGUGAAUCUAUUACUGGAUUAUGAGGAUGGAACGAGUUCCUUGGAAAUGUGAAUCUAUUACUGGAUUAGUGAGGAUGGAACGAGUUCCUUGGAAAUGUGAAUCUAUUACUGGAUUGUGAGGAUGGAAUAAGUUCCUUGGAAAUGUGAAUCUAUUACUGGAUUGUGAGGAUGGAACGAGUUCCUUGGAAAUGUGAAUGUAUUACUGGAUUCUGAGGAAGGAACGAGUUCCAUGAAAUGUGAAUCUAUUACUGGAUUGUGAGGAAGGAACGAGUUCCAUGAAAUGUGAAUCUAUUACUGGAUUCUGAGGAAGGAACGAGUUCCAUGAAAUGUGAAUCUAUUACUGGAUUCUGAGGAAGGAACGAGUUCCAUGAAAUGUGAAUGUAUUACUGGAUUGUGAGGAUGGAACAAGUUUAAAAAACGGAUCUACUAUGCAUGUAGAAGUGAAGGUAGUGUGAAUCGUGGUCUGCGACAUUAUGUAUAGACAUCUCCAUGGAUGUUGUGAAUUCCGGGUGAUAUUUUUUAACAAGGACUUUCGACAAUUUGGUUGGAUCGUUGUUGAAAGGAAAUUUCUUGGAAUUUUGAGUGGUUGUUGGGAAUCAAUCCAUUGUUAAUAUAUAUAUUACCCUCUGAUGAGGAUAGACAUGGGAUCGGAUUAUAAUCGAUACUGUGUGUAAUGUGUGACAAAGUAUCGAUGCUGAGAAAAGACCAUUAAUUCACUGAAUUCACAUUACAUUACAGAUGAAAAUCAGACGAAUAUAUAUACAUUAAUGUCUUGGAUGAAAAAUCGCCUUAUAUACAAUUUACACCAAUUCAUCCACUUCAUCGAGAAUGUUUUAAAAUGAGAAGGAAACGAUUUAAAUAUGAUAUGUGGAUACUACCCUUAAUAUGAUAAAAAAAAAAAAUUUUCGUGUGCUUUAAAUUUUCUAACAAUCCUUAUAUUUAAUUAUCCAUAACUCUUCACAAGGUCAAAUUUGUGAUUCGAUGACUUCUCUAUGGAGUUCCAUUUCAUGUUGGAUUUGAUUUUUUAUCAUUGAUUUUGUAAUAUAGAUCCCUAGAUAAGAAAGCAAUCAAAUUUUUAUUUUAUAAUAUAGAAGAUCGUAAUUCCUGUUUUACUAUACAGCUUGUUUUUCGUUUCUAGUCUCUCUGCCAUGUUUAUAUAGACUAUAACUGCCUUGUCAGGGCUCAAAGUGGAUAUUUUUACAAGGUGACCUAUAUUUGGCUACCAGGUCAUAAAAUCUAUAUAGGCGCCAAUUGGAAAAGUUAGUCGCCUGGCCUUGUUGUUUUAAGUUAGAAAAAAAAAGAUCUUUUAAUUCUUCAGAUCAGUAUAAUAUCUCUGCAACUUUUUCAAUUGUGAACAUAUCAUUUUAGCAUUGACUGCAACUUUGAAAGAUUGACCAAAUCACAAAUUUACACAAUUUUUUAGUGGCCAUGCAGGCGCCUUAUAGGUCAAUAACUGGUCGUCAGUGGUGAAUUUAAGGUGCCAUGGCCACUGAAAUAGGCGCUACUUUGAGCCCUGGUUGUUUUAAAUUUAAGUUAAACUGUUUGACUGAGCAAUCGUACUGUAAAUAAUUACAUUCUCGACUUUGAAACUUGUCAUAAUUAUGAUGAUCCAUGUUAAAAAGUCUGAUGUAUAUAUCUGUGACAUUAUGCGUUGACUAAAAUAAUAGUCGACAUAUACAUUUGUGUAUAUAAAAUAUUAUUCACCCAAGUUUGUUCAAAUGAAAAGAUUAUCAUACUGUGAAUGAAUGAAAAGAUAGAAAGCUAUAUAUAGUGAAACCUGUCUAAUCCGACACUAUUUGGGAGUGACACUUUUGGUCGGAUUAGACAGGGUGUCACAAAAGUCAGGUAUUUGUUGUUGACUACACUUGGCAUCACGGAAAUACGGUACAGUGUCAGAUUUGACGGGAUGUCAGAAAAGUCCAGUGUCAGAUUAGACAGGUUUCACUGUAUAGACACCAAGUAAGGACCAAAACCAUUUAAUUACAUCAGUUUAUAUCAGCAUAUCAUCUAUCAAAGUACACUUUCAGUUUAUUUCAGCAUAUCAUCUAUCAAUGUACACUUUCUCAAAGGGAAGCAAGAAUAUAUAUAUAUAUGCAUGCUUUUAAAACGGUUGCCAUCGUUUCCACAUUUUAAUUAGAAGUUAACAUAUUUAUUGUAAGCUAAAUCAUAACAAUUUGUUUUUCAGUUUUCUAUAUAUAUGUAAACCAAGUCAAAAAUAAUUGAAAUAUUUUGAGGUUAGCUUUAAUUUGAAGAAAUUUCAAAAGACAUGAAAAUGAAAAAUAAAAAAAAGCUGAUCAGGUCAAAAUCAUUCAUUGCAAUCAACAUUUUCAUUUCAUUAAUUUGCGGCGUACAAUCAGAACUAGGUUUAAAAUUUGUUUGUGUGUGUGAGUGUGUGUGUUCGUGUGUGUUUGCAUGUUUAAUUGAUGACAGAAGUUUUCUGUGAAGAUAUAUAUAAUAAAAAAACACAGCCCAAAAUCUAUGCAAUGCAAUAUUCUUAAUUACCGAUAUAUUUGCUGAUUUUGUCACGGCCGGUUUUUACGUUUGACAUUUGCUUUGAAAAGUGAUCUAUUAAUUGCUUUGUGUAUUAGAUGAUGCUUGUAUCUUCUGAAAUUUCUCUAGCCAAUGUAGUUAAAUAUCAAAAAUGUAUUGAUGAAAGUAGAAACAAAUUAUACAGUGGAUUCUAAUUUUGAGGAUAAUAUCUUGUUUUUUCAGAGGGAUUUUAAUUUUGACGAUCUGUUUAUUUUAACAUGUGUUUUAAUUACCGAUAUAAAAUCUUAUACACAUUAUAAACUGUAUGUCUCUCUUCCUAAUGAAUGUAAAAUUGUGUCAUUUUUUAUCUUAAUGAAAUGUGUGAUUGGUAAAUUGAUAUAUAUGAUUAUAGGAGUUGUAUGUGUAGAUUAA